UCAGGAUAUCAUCCCGCCAGGAGCGUCGUUGCGCGCCGCCACCUGGCAGUGCUGUUAACGGUCUGAGAGUGUGAACGCGUGGCGGACGCCUGAGCGCAGAGCUGGAGAGGCGACCGAUGACCCCGAGGAGCGGUGGCCGGACCAGCCGGGAACGGUCCUGCGGAGGCCAGGAGCACGCUGAUGGCCGCUGCCGGAACUGCACCUUCCUUUAUCUCCAGACUUUGGUCUUUCUCCUGAAGAUGUACAUUCUGUUUGGUGUCUGGGGCCGGCUGGCCUCCCUCCCUCGCCCAGGGUCCUCAGAGGAGCUAUUUGAGGUUUCUCUCUGGCCAAAUCAGACCCUAGUGGAGUUUGGACAACCCCUAAUGGUCAACUGCAGCACCACCUGUCCAGAACCAGGGCCCGGCGGAAUCGAGACCUUGUUGAAGAAAACCCAGGUGGACAAAGGGCCCCAGUGGAAGGAAUUUCUCCUAGAGGAUGUCACAGAGAAUUCUGUCCUGCAGUGCUUCUUCUCUUGUGCAGGGAUCCAGAAAGACACAAGCCUUGGCAUUACUGUAUAUAAGCCACCAGAGCGGGUGAUCUUGGAGCUGCAGCCUGCAUGGGUGGCCGUGGAUGAAGCUUUUACAGUGAAGUGCCACGUGCCCAGUGUGGCACCCCUGGAGAACCUCACCCUUACCCUUCUCCAGGGUAAUCAAGAACUGCACAGAAAGAACUUUCUGAACUUGGCUCUUGCCUCCCAAAGAGCCGAAGUCACCAUCAGUGUCAGAGCAAAAAGGGAGAAUGACAGGUGCAACUUCUCCUGCCAUGCAGAACUGGAUUUGAGUUCACAAGGUGGAGGGCUUUUAAAUGGCAGCUCAGCCAUCAAAGUACUCCGGAUCUUUGAAUUCUCGGAGAGCCCCCAGAUCUGGGGCUCUUCACUUCUGGAAGUUGGGGUGGCAGAGACUGUGAGCUGUGAGCUGGCUGGAGUGUUUCCAGCCGGAGAAGUUACGUUCCACAUGUUCCUGGGUGAUCAGGAACUGAACCCUUUCCUCUCCUGGGAGGGUGACACGGCGUGGGCCAAUGCCACCAUUAGGGCCAUGGAGACUGGCGCGCUGGAGCUAUCUUGCCUUGUAGCUCUGGGUCUGAUGGAACAGAAAACAAGACAGCCAGUGCACGUCUACAGCUUCCCUCCACCAGUCCUGGAGAUAGAAGAUUCAUACCCACUGGCAGGGACAGAUGUUAAUGUCACAUGCUCAGGGCAUGUAUUAUCAUCACCCAGCCCUACUAUUCGACUUCAGGGGGCCACAGAUCUCCCUGCCCCUGGGGAUCCUGCCUGGCUUCUACUUACUGCCAGGGAAGAAGAUGAUGGCCGAAAUUUCUCCUGUGAGGCAUUUUUGGAGGUGCAAGGUCGGCAAUUGAUUAAAACCGCUGUGACCCAGCUGCAUGUGUUCUAUGAGCCACGGUUAGAAGAAUCUAGUUGCCCUAGCAACCAGACAUGGGUGGAAGGGAUGGAGCAGGUGCUUGCCUGUGUUCCGAAGGGAAAUCCAACCCCGGCCCUGGUGUGUACUUGGAAUGGGAUCAUCUUCGACCCAGAAGUGCCACAGAAGGCAGCCAAGAACCACACUGGAAUCUACUGCUGCACGGCCACCAACAAGCUGGGUUCUGUCAGCAAAGACAUUGCUAUCGUUGUUGAAGGACUGGAGGAAGGAAUCAGCUCCAGCAUCUUCCUUAUCAUUAUUGCCGCCCUGGGAGUGGGCGUGAUCACCAUCGCUCUGUAUCUGAACUACGGGCCCUGCAAAAUAAAGAGGAGGAGACUGCGCUACAGGCCGAAAGAGGGCAAAGAGGAGGAGAGCCAGCUUGCUGCUCAGCAGGCAGAGAAGUGCAGCCCACGUAAUUGUUGACUCAGAACGGCUCUUUGUGGAACAAGACGUCUACUACUGUGGUCUCCCAGCGAGGGAAGAGUGGAUGGAAGAGAAAGAACCAGAAUGUGAGACUACGUUACUUCGUGUUCUGCUGUCCCAUGAAACAGCGUUUCAGGCCCCCACGUCCCUAGUGUCCAGUCCAUAAGCCCGCUGUUCUCCUUUGAGUUCCUCUGCUCACUGGGGAUCUCACUCUCAGUGUUCAACUAGUGCGGUCUCUUGCAUCCUGCUGUGUGCUUAAUGAGUUCACUCUAAGAUUAGAAAAAAAAAUCCCUCCCUUACCUCAUCAUUCCCACUUUCUCCCAACACCAGACUAAAGGGAUCAUCAGAAGUAUCAUGGAAGAACGACUCUUUUCUCAUGGUUUCCUGGUGACUGAGAACUCAUUUUCUUAGCCUGAGAACAGAUCUUUGAAGGAGGCGAGUACCAAACCUAAAGGAUAAGAACCAGAACUCUGGGUCCAUUUCCGCCUUCUCGCCUCCCUGCCCUGUGGUUCUGGAAUGCCAGCUCCAGAAGCAGAGCUGAGCUUGCGGACACCAAGUGUCUGUGGCUGCUCAGGCGUCAGCGGUGGGCCUUGGGGGGGAUAAAAACCCCAAGAAACUCCACGCUGCGUCAGAGCUUAGCAUUCUCUCCCCGAAAUGAAAGAGGGUUCUUCCUUGAAUUUGGCCUUAUAGGUUAAGGGCUCCAGACUUCUCUCAAUUCUUUUCCAUAAACGAUUACAAUCAUCUCCGAGUUCACUUUUGACCUUUUUUUCUUUUUACCUAUAUGGGUUCUUGGGUGGGAGUUCCAAACGUCUACUCACCCUUUCCAUAAAGAAGCAGGUAAUUUGAUCAAAGACUAUUUAAAUGAGAGGAAUCCUCUUGUGACAGUGUCCCCCGGGUGAUUUUGAUUCAGCUUCUUUCUCUUGUUGGAAGUUUCUUCACCCGUGGAGAAGGCAUGAAGAUGGAUGAAAUCUGUUCUUUUCUCCCAAAUCAGUCAUGAAAUGUUCAUGGGAAUGUUGGCUGUGGUAAAAAUAAAAACGAUUACUUUUGAA